AUGAGAACCAGAUCUCAGACUAAGGAUGACGACCAUGAGUUGUCGUCCGAUAUUAGUGUGACAAACACGCCUACUAGAAAGACAAAAGCCAACGUUGACUCACCCGCCAAGAAACAACAACAACAGCACGAGCCUGAGUUUUCCAUCGAUAAUGAGGAUGACCUUGAUAAGCUAUUAGCUCAAGCCAAAAAGAAUCUGACCACUAAGAAGUCAGAAGCAAGCAAGGCUGUUGAUAGCGAGCCUGAGGUGGAUAUGUUGACAGAGACUUUUGCAAGAGAGAACCAAGGUCCUUCAGCGACAUUCAAGGAGAUUCAACGAUCAUGGAAGUUGCUUCCUAAAUUAGACCCUGGUUUGGAUAAUGUUCAUACCGUCAAAAUCGAUCCCAAGUCGAAAUCUGUUGUUCGUUUAGUACCUGAUGUUUCUCCAUCAGCAAGACCACAGUCUUCUUCCACAGCUACAUUUCGUAAAAUUGUAGAUCCAGUGAAGGUAGCCAAACAAGAGAAGGAAGAGCGCGAGUCCAAUGCUGGGGAUAAAUGGUUCAACAUGCCUAAGCCUGAACUCACUCCCACUUUAAAAAGAGACCUGAAACUGUUGAAAAUGAGAAAUGUUCUGGAUCCAAAAAGACAUUAUAAGAAGGAUAACUCUCCCUUACCGAAGUAUUUCCAGACUGGUACUGUGAUUGAGGGCAACACCGAAUUCUACUCCGCCAGACUUUCUAGAAAGGAGCGUAGACAAACUAUUGCAGAUGAAAUUCUUGCUGAUGUCUCUAGUAAAGCAUACUUCAAAAGGAAGUACACCGACAUCCAAGGCUCUAAGACGUCUGGCAGAAAGGCUCACUAUAAGAAGCUUAAACAGAUGCGUAAAAAGCUAUAA